AUGUCGUCUCCUCAGCCCCAGGUUGUUGCCCAGCAAAUGACUGCCGAGGCCCCUGCCCGAAUCAGCUCCGACCAGCCGCGCCCCGUCGAGCCCAUGAGCAUGGACACGACCGCUAACAUGCGUGGCGGAGAGGGCGAGAAGGGUGCCAUCUGCUGCGGCAUCUGCGCUGGCCUGGCCUGCUUCGAGUGCUGCGAGUGCACCGAGGACUGCUGCGAAUGCCUCUUUUGCUAA